AUGAAUCGUCUCAUCGAGUACGGUAGUGUCGAGGCUAUUCCAUACUACAAUUGCUCCUGGAAGUCCUUCGAAGAAUGGGAGGCAACUGGAGUCAAACGUCCUUGGCUUGGAUACCCAUUGCUUAUUUUUGGAACUUGCAUUGAGUUGAUCUACUUGCCUAUUGUCUAUAUCAUUUUCAAGACUAACUUAAUCAAACAUGCCUGCUAUAAAAUUAUCGUCGUACUCAUCUCAAUUGAUAUGAGUGCCACGUGUUGCAGUUGUUUGAUUACUGGACCACUGCUUAUUCUUGGAUCGGUUUUCUGUAUGUACCCGACGUUCACUUAUUUGGCUGGUGGGAUUGCGCUGGGUAUUACCCAUUUGGCGGUGGCUGAGCUGCUCUUACCGUACUUUACCCGUGAAAUGUUUUAA